GCCGCUGCGCGCAAAGCGGGGCGGGACUUCCGGGCGGGAGCGAGGUGACCCCGGUUGCUGCGGGGUUCGGCGGCGGAGCAGCCAUGAGGGCGCACCUGGCCCGGCGCUACCUCAGCGAUGGCUCGGGGGAGCCCGACCCCCUGAAUAUGCCCGUGUUUCCGCCCGACUACGGCCUCCCGGACCGCAAGGAGCGCGUGAUGGUGGCCACGCAGCAGGAGAUGAACGAUGCGCAGCUGAGCCUGGAGCAGCGCGACUACUGCGCCCACUACCUCAUCCGCCUGCUCAAGUGCAAGCGCGACAACUUCCCCAACUUCCUGGCCUGCAAACACGCGCAACACGACUGGGACUACUGCGAGCACCAAGACUACGUGAUGCGCAUGAAGGAGUUCGAACGCGAGCGGCGGCUGCUGCAGCGCAAGCAUCGGAGGGAACAGAGGGCAGCCAGAGUGGCCAAGGGCGAGGUGAUCGGCGAGGUGGGCUUCGAGGUGGCCUUGUAGGGGCCGCUCCGCCCUGUGAGCCCGCCAGAAAUAAACGCCUGCCUGCAGGC